UCUAUUUCUCUUUCUGGUUGAAAAACUGGAGUGACCAACAGCCCAAAGCCAAUCCCAGCAACCAAAUCCUGAAAAUCUGAAAUCCUUCUUACCCUUUCUCAGUCUUCACUUGCACUAACAAUCUAACACUCGUUCAAUUUUCGUCUCCUUCUGUUUCUCAACUUAUUCUCGAAUACACCAUUUGCCUUUAUCUAUUAACAUAGAUCCAUUAUUUACUUCUUCAGCUUAAGCAAAAGGGUCACCUCUUCCUUGGGAUUUUUUCAGCUUUGCGAUAUGUGCACUUUCCAUUUUUAGCAAAAUGUGGUUACUAUAACUUGGUACAUUCCAAAUUCAGUGGAUAAAUUCAAUACGAAAGUUCUCAUGGGUACUUGUUAUUUUGACCUCAGAACCUCAGCAUUCCUCCUAAAACUUUAAGGGGUUUCUCAAAAUUUCAAUUUUUCGAGGAAAACCACAGCACUGACGUUUUGUGGCUUUCAGUCAUUUGAAGGUUUCCUCAUGAGAAUCUGCUACGCCCAUCAACUGCUACAUUCUCUUUUUAUUGUAGCAACUCUUCUUCCUCUGAGUCUUGGUGAUAUAAACUCGGAGAAACAAGCCCUUCUUGACUUUGCUGCGGCAGUCCCGCAUGGCUGGAAGAUCAACUGGAACCCUGCCACCCCAAUCUGCUCAUCUUGGGUAGGCAUUACUUGUAGUACAGAUGGGGCCCAUGUGGUGGCUGUACGACUUCCUGGAGUUGGACUCAUUGGUCCACUUCCAGAAAAUACUCUUGGGAAGAUCGAUGCCAUAAGGAUUCUCAGCCUUCGAUCCAAUCGUCUCAGCGGAAACCUUCCUUCUGAUAUCGCUUCACUUCCUUCUCUCCAAUACCUAUUCUUACAGCACAAUAACUUAUCUGGAACUAUUCCUGCUUCUUUUUCAAAUAAACUGAAUGUUUUGGACCUAUCUCAUAAUUCCUUCGUUGGUAAGAUUCCUGUAACAAUUCAAAAAUUGACUCAGCUAACUGGUUUAAGCCUCCAGAAUAACUUGCUUUCUGGACCCAUACCCAAUAUCACCCUUCCAAGGCUAAGACAUUUAGAUUUAAGCCACAACAAUUUUAAUGGUUCCAUUCCAUUAUCCCUCCAAAAGUUCCCAAGUUCUUCAUUUGGGGGGAACUCACUUUUGUGUGGACUACCCUUAAAUCCGUGUUCCCCUGUUCUACCACAAUCCCCUUCCCCACCUGCACCUUCACCAAACAUUCCAGGAGAAAAAAGCUCAAAGAAGAAGCUUAAAUUAUGGGCUAUUAUUGCUAUUGCCGCUGGAGGGGCUGUGCUGGUCUUUCUGCUAGUUCUGAUCGUGGUUUUGUGCUGCUUGAAAAGGAAAAGGGGUGAUGACAGAGGUGUGAUGAAAGGGAAAUCUUCUAGUGGAGGAAGGAGUGAAAAGCCGAGGGAAGAGUUUGGUAGUGGGGUGCAAGAACAUGAGAAAAAUAAGCUGGUUUUCUUUGAAAGCUGCUCUUACAAUUUCGAUCUCGAGGAUCUGUUGAGGGCCUCGGCUGAAGUGCUAGGAAAAGGGAGCUUUGGAACUGCUUAUAAAGCUAUUUUGGAGGAGUCAACGACAGUGGUGGUUAAAAGAUUAAAAGAAGUCAUUGUAGGGAAGAAGGACUUUGAACAGCAGAUGGAAAUUAUUGGUAGAGUUAGACAGCAUCCAAAUGUUGUUCCUUUACGUGCCUAUUAUUAUUCCAAGGAUGAGAAGCUAAUGGUGUAUGGUUAUUUCUCAAGGGGCAGCUUGUCAAUGCUCUUGCACGGCAGCAGGACUUCUGGAAGAACUCCACUGGACUGGGAGUCGAGAGUUAAAAUAUCUCUUGGAGCGGCAAGGGGGAUUGCCCACAUCCAUUCAGUGGGUGGUCCAAAAUUUGCUCAUGGAAAUAUCAAGUCCUCGAACGUCCUACUCAAGCAAGACCUAGAAGCUUGUAUCUCAGAUUUUGGUUUAGCCCCUAUAAUGAACUUCCCUGUAGCUCCAACUCGUUAUCCAGGAUACCGAGCUCCUGAGGUGAUAGAAACCCGAAAGCAUAGUCAUAAAUCAGAUGUCUACAGCUUCGGCGUCUUACUACUUGAGAUGCUUACUGGAAAGCAGCCAAUGCAAUCACCGGGGCGCGAUGACAUGGUUGACCUUCCUAGGUGGGUCCAGUCAGUUCUUAAGGAGGAAUGGACAUCAGAGGUUUUUGACGUCGAUUUGAUGAGAUUUCAAAACAUCGAAGAAGAGAUGGUACAGAUGCUGCAAAUUGCUAUGGCAUGUGUUGCAAAGGUCGCGGACAUGCGACCCAACAUGGAGGAAGUUGUUAAAAUGAUUAAAGAGGUCAGACAAUCUGACUCUGAAAACAGGCAAUCUUCAGAAAGAAAAUAGAUCUUAGGACUCAAAUGUGCAGAUCCCUUACAUUCCUUGGAUUUGUGACUAACAAUUUGCAAGUGCUGAGAAAUUUGUUCAACUCUAUACUCAGUACAAAAAAUACAUCCUUCUUACUAAUUAAAGUGUGAAUUUGUUGA